UAAUGAUACGUCUGUCUCUGUCUAGAGGCUAUCGUAAACUUGACCUUUUAUUAUUCUUGUCAUUCUUAGAGUGAAGUGCGUAGGAGAUGCCCGUUUUAUUAAAAAUAAUAAGGAAAUACGUGAAAUAUUAGUGAAAAUACUUUUAAAAUGCUCAGAGCCCUCCUGCUAACGACAACCCUAGUGCUCACACAGCAGCAACAGACACCCCUAUCACCAUGCCCGAACGUCUUCAGCUACGAGCCGCCAGGAACGGAGCCCGGACGGUGGUAUGGAGUGGUGAAUCUGUCCACGGACAGCAUAUUGCACUCGGUGUGGAUCAACAUUGUGCUGGACAGCAAAGCUGACAUACUUGGAAACUGGGUCGGUGACGUAACAACCACAGACAACACAGACUUCAAAAUAGAAAACACAAAGAUGAAAAUCCACCCCGGCCCCGCGACCGCCGUACGAUUUUUCGUCCAAUACAACCCUUUAAACAAGGCCCCAAAAUUGCAAGCCAUACGGCUGAAUGGAAGAGAAAUAUGCAAUGCUAAUAAUCCUCAGCCGGCUAUUGAUAGGCCUGAUGAGAGGCGGACGACGUCCAGGCCUCUAAGGCCGGAUGAUUCGGCGAGGCCAGGCCUAAGGCCGGAUGAUUCGGCCAGGCCUGUACUGAGGCCUGAUGAUAUUCCUAAAGCCAAGCCGGUGCAGGGGCAACAGGCGGGGGCAGGGCCGGUGUAUUCCUCGACGCAGGGACCGCCGCAGAACCCGGUUAAUCUUAAUAUCGGUGGUGGCCAAAUCCCAGCCCAGAGCGUUGGCACGCAAACCAGCUUCGGUACUAAUACCGGUACCGGGUCCAGCUUCGGUACCAAUACCGGUACCGGGUCCAGCUUCGGUAGCGAUACCGGUAGCUCAAGCUUGGGUACCAAUACCGGUAGCUCAAGCUUCGGUACUAAUACCGGUACCGGUAGCAGCUUCGGUACUCAGACCGGUAGCAGCUUCAACGAUGACAGAAGGAGGCCGGACAACGGGUACCGGCUGACGACGGCGGUACCCAUGCGUACCACAACUACGAGUAGAUACGAAGAUGAUGAUGACGGGAACGACUAUUUCUCAGGCGGGCAGCCUACAUUCAUCGUCCCCAGCAGGCCUAAUAACAACAACAACAACAACAACAAUAACAACAGACAACAGGCGGAAUGUGGCAAGGUGGUACGAAACAACCCCAACCCGCUUGUGGUGAACGGUCGACCAACUCUAGAGGGGCAAUGGCCGUGGCAAAUAGCGUUAUACCAAACACAGACUGUAGACAAUAAGUACAUCUGCGGUGGCACCCUCGUAACUCGCAGCCACGUGAUCACUGCCGCUCACUGCGUUACCCGCAAGGGCUCCAGUCGAGUGGUCAACCAGAAUACACUUACUGUGUAUCUAGGAAAGCAUAACCUUAGAACGUCGGUGGAGGGAGUGCAGAUCAAAUUGGUCUCGGAGAUCCGAGUACAUCCUCAAUACAACGCGUCAUCCUACAGCCGGGACGUCAGCGUACUCAAGCUUAGAGAACGAGUGACUUACAGCGACUUCGUUCGUCCCGCGUGCCUCUGGCCGGACAACGAAGUAGAUCUGACGAAUGUCAUAGGAAAGAAAGGAUCGGUGGUAGGCUGGGGCUUCGAUGACAAGGGCGUGGCCACCGAAGAGCUGACCCUCGUAGAGAUGCCCGUGGUAGACCAAGAGACCUGCAUCAGAUCCUACAGCGAGUUCUUCGCCCGUUUUACUUCGGACUACACCUACUGUGCGGGUUACAAAGAUGGAGCCGUCGAUAAAAGGACAGGCACUAGGAAAAGCAGCUCAGUAUGCAACGGCGACAGCGGCGGCGGCAUGGUGUUCCUAAUGCGCAACUCCUGGUACCUUCGCGGGCUCGUCUCGUUGUCCGUCGCGCGACAGAACGAGUACCGGUGCGACCCGACGCACUACGUCGUGUUCACGGACUUGGCCAAGUUCCUGCCGUGGAUCCAGCAGAAUAUUAGCGACGAAUAGUAGUAGUAAUAGUUAGAACAUUUUUUCUUUAAAUUUAGGCCCUUUUAACCUUUUGACCGCGAAAAACUUGAACUAACCCGCGCGGCAACAAGCCGAUGUCAACCUUCAUGCAUGCCGACAAGGUUCACAAUCAUGCGACACUCACUGUAGGGUCGAUAGGCAUGGCGUUCAAACGUUUAAGUAAAGUUCACGACCUAGCAAACUGUAAAACCUAAAAUAGUCCAUAAUAGCAACUACCGUCUAACUGAGAUUUUUUUGUCAAUAGGUACUGACCCUGUUUGUUAUUGGGGUUGUAGAUAUAGUGAAAUCGUUUUCAGUAGGGCCUAAAAUAUAUAGUCAACUCACAGAGUUCUAAAAUACGCUACUAUUUCAAAAUUGUAUGGGCGCUUAUAUACUUUGUCGUGAAUACCUAUAAUUAUGAAAAAGUAAAGUGACGGAUAGGGUAGAGCUGAUAAAUUCAAUGGUGCAUUUGGGUAACUUCGUAGGCGGGGUAAUUUUGAAAAUCGCGAAUAUCUACUAAACCAGAUGCAUUUCAUAAUUAAUCAUCAUAGCAUUUUAUCUUUUUUUUAUUACUCAAAUAAGUGACACAGCAUUACAAUAAAAACCAAGGCACUGCGAAACUAGAUAAUAAAAGAGAAUACAAGGAAACAAAAAAAACUUCCAAUAAAAACCAAAUACAAAUUAAACAUUAAAUUUGGCCGAAGACAUAAUAGCGUUGCGUAGUAGUAGAUAUUAAAAAAUUUAAAAUUAUCCCAAAAAUAUCCCGCUUUCUAAGUUAUCCCAAUGCACUUUAUUGUGUUGGUCAUUUUUUAAUUUGUGUGUUAUCGAAAUUCUAAACAAAAACCCAUAUAAUUUUAACUACUAUCAUUAUUAUCUUUUUUUUUAUGUUAUGUCGGGUUACGAGUCGUGUUGCAAAGGCAAGGUCCCAAGGACACCUGGGGCGACACCUGGGGCGACACCUUUUAAUAAAUAUUCCAUGUGUACAAUGUAGCUACUUUUCUUUCGGCACAUCUGAGGGCCUACCGCGAACCACGUUCGACGUGUUACCUCUCUGUCGCACUUAUAAAUUCGUACGUAAGUGUGACAGGGAGGCAACACGUCGAACGUGGUUCGCGGUAAGCCCUCUGUUCCAUCAACACAGCGCAAGUCAAAGCCGGAGAUAUAUUCUAAUUUGACAAUUUGUUUAGACUUUGAACUCGUUUUGAUAAGAACUUCACGAUAUUGAAGUCAACAGUAAACAAAUUGUUUAAUCUGAUGUGUACUGAAUGUAAUCUAAGGAUUUUACAUUUCAGUAUCGAAAAUACACGAGCGUUAAUAAUAAUAGGUUAGAUUUUGAAUUUUUAAUAAAUCUUUUUAUGCCUAUUCGAGUUGCAGCAAAGUGUAUUACUGUAUACGAAGUGAUUUUGAAAUGGAGGAAGUGACUUUAAUAUUUUAGUUAUAUGUUCCAGAUUUGAGUGGCAGUUUUAAAACUAGAGUUUGGCUAGCCAAAUAUUGUUGACAGAUAUUUCCAUGUUGUAUCACCAAUUACCAAUUUAAAAAAAAGCUAAAAGUCUGUUGUCAAUUUUAAAUAAUAUUAAUAAUGACUAUACCGAGUGAGGUCCCAAACUAUUAUUUAAGCUCAUAAAUAAUUACGACAAUGUGCAAAGAAAUUCCAUAGUCUAAAUAGUCAUUUCCUUUACCUUGUUUUUUAUAUGAAUUAUAUGUAUACCGAAUACUACAAUUAUAGUUCAAUUGUAUGACUUAUAAUAUCGUAAUUUUAGCACAAAAUUGUUAUGAAAUCUGUAUAAUUGAGUCGUAUUGGAAAUGCCAUUUUGUAUCUGGGAUAUAAAGAGCUUAGGAAUUUCCAACUAACGUAUUUUGCUCAAUAUUGUGCCAAGUUAAAACAGAACCAUUUAUUGUUGGAUAUUUUAUCAUAAAAUUAAUUAUUUGUAUUUAUAAUUCUGCUCUCUACAUCUUAUAAAUGUGACAUGAAAUUUUAAUGUGACUAAAAUAAUAUUGAGAUUAAAUUAUAAGUAUUUUUUUACAAA